CCCAAAGUAAACUGCAGUGAGCUCGCUUUGACCUCAAGUAUUUCUAGGGGACAGGAUUGCGAUCGCUGACAACAAUAAACAUCCGUUCUUUGUGAAGGGAAAAAUACGUCCUGCCAGCUUGGAAUACAAUCGUACACAUUUCCCAGCAACAUCACUCCAAAUCAGCAACAUGAGUCUCCAAAUUCCUCUGCGGGAAAAGGCCAAUGGUGCUGGCAAGGACACUAAGGCCGUCAUCCUGGUCGGUGGCCCUUCUAGAGGCACACGCUUUCGACCACUUUCCCUCGAUGUCCCCAAGCCCCUCUUCGAUGUCGCGGGCCACCCCAUCAUCUGGCACUGCCUGACCGCCAUUGCGAAAGUGCCUUCGAUUCAGGAGGUGGUUAUGAUAGGAUACUACGACGAGUCUGUCUUCAGGGAUUUCAUUCGAGAGUCGGCCCACGAAUUCCCCAACUUGCCCAUAAAGUACCUGCGCGAGUAUCAGGCACUGGGUACCGCCGGUGGGCUGUACCACUUCCGCGAUGCGAUCCUCAAAGGGCGCCCCGAGCGCAUCUUCGUGCUCAAUAGCGACGUCUGCUGCUCUUUCCCCCUCAAUGAGAUGGCCAAGCUCUUCGACGACAAGGAUGCCGAGGCUGUCAUUCUGGGCACAAGGGUCAGUGAGGACGCUGCCACCAACUUUGGGUGCAUCGUUAGCGACGCGCACUCCCGCCGUGUGCUCCACUACGUCGAGAAACCUGAGAGUCGUAUCAGCAACCUGAUCAACUGCGGCGUGUACCUUUUCAGCGUCGAGGCCAUCUUUCCCAGCAUCAAGACCGCCAUUAAGCGUCGCAGCGAACGACCGCGUCUGCUCAGCUACCCGUCGUCGGAGAACCUUGAGAACAGCUUCAUGGCCGAUGACGACGAGGAUCGCAGUAAACAGGUUCUGCGCCUCGAGCAGGAUGUCCUUAGUGACCUUGCCGACAGCAAGCAGUUCUUCGUGUACGAGACUAAGGAUUUCUGGCGCCAGAUCAAGACGGCCGGCUCUGCUGUGCCCGCCAAUGCCCUCUACCUUCAGAAGGCACAUCAGAGUGGCUCUACUGAACUGGCCAAGCCCUCGGCCAACAUCAUUCCCCCAGUCUUCAUUCACCCCACGGCGACUGUCGACCCUACAGCCAAGCUAGGCCCAAACGUUUCAGUUGGUCCUCGUGUUGUCAUUGGUGCUGGUGUCCGUGUCAAGGAGACCAUUGUACUGGAGGACAGCGAGAUCAAGCACGACGCUUGCGUCCUGUACAGCAUCAUCGGAUGGAACAGUCGGGUCGGUGCUUGGGCCCGUGUUGAAGGCACGCCGACGCCAGUCACCAGCCACACAACCAGUAUCGUGAAGAACGGCGUCAAGGUGCAAAGCAUCACGAUUCUGGGCAAGGAGUGUGGUGUUGGCGACGAGGUUCGCGUGCAGAACUGUGUUUGCUUGCCUUUCAAGGAGUUGAAGAGGGAUGUCACGAACGAGGUCAUCAUGUAAGUAGUUGAGGGAGGGGACCGAGGGGGUUUGAUUUACUCAAGACCGCUCCACCCGGCGUCUUCAGCAACAUAAUUAUGAACAGCGAUUUGCAUCAUGGACAACGAAAAUCGGAGAGAAGUUUUUGUCCAAGUUAUGUUUAGAUACCUAUGUAGGUGAAUAGAGAACGUCAUGGGAGAUAUGCUACAGA